AUCGGCCAGGAUCAAUCGGGUUUCGGCGGUCGACGUGAACGGUUCGGUUCGGUUUGUGCGAUGGCUUCUGGUGGAGACGCCCCGCUGAGGGUCACGUGGUCCUUACGGCCAGCGGUGGGCAUUGUGGUACUGUUGAGUUUGACGCCUGCAGUACGCGCCAGUGUUAGUGAAAGGAAUUGCUCUGCUUUUAAAAUAGAUGCCUCCAUCAGCAUGCCUGCAAUGCAUCACUUCGAAGACAAGUUCGGCUGUUUACGCGACAAUCCGGCCAAUAUCUACUGCGUUGCCAAAACCGUGAUCAAACCAGACGAAAACUCUCCAGUGUGGAAGCUGAUUGAGCGCAAUUCCAGAGAGCACACCAACUAUCGCCACUACAUCUUGGACCGCGGGUUCUGCCUGCAGAGCUGCCAGACGCUCGUUCGCGGGCUGAGCGAGGAUCAACAAAAACGCUACGAUCACGAGGUGGUUCAAGUGGACGAGUUCCACAUUUUUGGCCCUGGCUACAUCACCGGUAUGGAAGAGUACAAACGGAAGUACGGGUCGUUGGUGAACGUCUGCUUAAACUACCGGCUCCAGCAGAGUUACAACUUGAGCGGCUAUUCCGAAAUAGAACACUGCAUGACCGCGCAAGAGCUCGACAAACCGGUCAACAUACUCCACGUGGUCUUUGCCGUCCUUUACGGAACUGUGCUAGUUCUAGUGAUGAGGGCCACCUUGCUGGACUUCCGGGUGAUUCGUAAUCAUAACAAUAACCACGUGGUGUCUGACCAGCCGGACAGCGUCUGGAUGGAGUUCUCGUUGAAGCGAAGCUUCCGCCGAUUAACGGUGGCACCACAAACUAAAAUCCAGCGUGACUUUGCGUACGUCGAGGGGUUCCGAGUGUUGACCGUACUGCUGAUCAGUUCCGUUCAUACCACCAUGGGCUUCGGCAUCAGCCCGAUGGUUAAUCCGGAAGCGCUGGAAGGACUGUUUGGGACGGCUUUCAUGCGUAUGACGGCGGCCAUCUUUCCGAUGCUGGUGCACACGUUUUUCACCAUCAGUGGGCUGCUGUUGGCGGUCAAUUUUUUGGAGUUCAUCGAGACUGGACCACGGUUUCGGUGGAGUUUGUUCUUCUCCGGCGUGCUGAGUCGGUAUCUUCGGAUGGUCCCAGCUUAUUUCGUCCUUUGGCUGUACCAAAUUUCGUGGUCCGACCGUUUGGGCGAUGGUCCGUUUGAUUACCGAAUAACCGGCGUUGAACGACAGAUGUGCAAAAUUAAUGGCUGGUCAAACUUUUUGUUCAUCAACAAUUACUUCAAUUGGGACAAAGGGUGCAUGCAGCAAUCGUGGUACAUGGCAGCUGAUUUUCAGUUCUACCUUGUCGGAAUGUUAAUCAUGAUGCUCAUUUGGAGGUUUCCCAAAUCCACGAAAACGCUCAUCGCGCUCAUGAUGACCUUCUCCAUCCUAGCUCCAAUCGUACACGUUUACGUUAACAACUUUGCAGAAGUGAUUCAGAUCAACUUCCGACACCUUCGGAUGUAUCUGUUCCAGUACAAAAGUAUCGGAUUUGACUACAUCUUGGCUCACACCAACACGAGUGCGUACUUUUCCGGAAUUAUCGCCGGAAUCGUGUACCACCGCGUCCAGAGCGAUCCAAAAUACCUGCGAACAAUACCGGCCUACGGGAUUCUCAAGCGGGUGGCACCACUGAUGGUGCUAGCGAUGGCUGCUCCGGCAACACUGUUCUACAACACGGAACCGCUGGAACCGUCCCUGUGGCGGUCGGUGUACGCGUCCGUUCAUCGGAACUUUUACGGCACAAUGUGUGGCGUCGCGUUGCUCUACUGGGCCACCGACGGAAGCUGGAAGAUCCCCGCGCUGGCCAAACAUCCGGCAGUGUUGGCCGUUGGUCGGCUGUCGUUUUCGGUUUAUCUGGUACAGUUCAACGCGAUACGGGCGUACUUUGUGGACGUGGACGGCGACGGCAUUGAGCUGAAUGUGGUCAAUUUUCUACGAGCAUGUGGCCUGGUAAUGUUGUAUUCGUAUGUCUUUGGACUAUUGCUUUGUACUACUGUUGAACUUCCGGUUGCGGCAGUUAUCAGACGACUUCAGGGUUUUAAAAAAUCCACAAAAACAUUAAACACGUCUAGUAACGGUACAACAGACCAGGACAAACUGAAGGCGUCCUAAUUCAUUUUUUUUUUUUUGAAUGGUUUAAUGUGUGAUUAUUUGGAUUAUGGUUUACAUUAAAGUUGUAUGCAUUUAUCAUUUACUCUGUACAAAUUUACGUUUUUAGAUGAUAGAUAAAUAAUAGUUG